GGAGCCUGACGUGUGGGCGGAGCCUGACGUGUGGGCUGGGCCUCGGGUGUGGGCUGGUCCCGGCGUGCGCAGCAGCGUCAUGGCGCGCUUCUUCCGCGCAGUCCCGGGCUUACCCUUCCGAGAGGUGCUCUUGCGGGCAGUGUGGGGUCGUGCCAACAAUGGCGGCCUCAGCCCGAAGGUCGGAACCGGAGACGCAGGGUCCCUUACAAAGCGUGAGCCGUUCCUCUCCAAGAGUGAGUGGCAAAAGAAGCUGACUCCAGAGCAAUUCCACGUCACAAGAGAAAAAGGAACAGAACCGCCUUUCAGUGGGACCUACCUGAAUAACAAGGAAGCAGGAAUGUAUCACUGUGUGUGCUGUGACAGCCCACUCUUCAGCUCUGAGAAAAAGUACUGCUCCGGCACUGGAUGGCCUUCAUUUUCUGAGGCUCACGGCACAUCUGGCUCUGAUGAGAGUGACACAGGGAUCCUGAGACGUGUGGACACCUCGCUGGGAACAGCUCGCACGGAGGUUGUCUGCAAGCAGUGCGAAGCCCACCUGGGCCAUGUGUUUCCUGAUGGACCUGGGCCUACCGGUCAGAGGUUUUGCAUCAACAGUGUGGCACUCAAGUUCAAACCAAGGAAACGCUGACCAUCGCCAGGAGUCCCUUUCCCUUGCCACCCUCUCAUUUCCAAACUUGGUUUUCAUAAUUUAUGCAAAUGACUAGUUUUUUAAUGACCAAACUAGGCUAAGUUUGCUGGCACACCUUCUCUAAUUCAUUACCUGGAGUCAGCUCCACCCUGGCUCUGGCUCUGACUAGAAUUUCACGGAAUGACAGGGGGGCAGUCCUUUCCCUUAAAUCAACCUCUGUGGGCUUUGCCAGGACCAGAGGGCAUGACUCUUUGGGGACAUUAGGAGGCUGAUGGAUAAGCCAAAAAACUCCUAUAAAACUAUGCUGAAUUUUCCAUUGCAGUCAAGUGUUUCACAGACAUGUAUAGAUGAGAGGUCAAACGAGAAGAGGAAUGAAAAUACGGGAUGAGGAUGAUCCACAGUCCCAGUGUGGAAAAGGCAAUAAGGAGGCAGGUUGUGGACGAGCUGCGUUUUGGGAGGCACAUGUGGGGAUCCACGGGAUGCAGGAGAUUUUUCCCAAAACCUUAGACUGUCUUGAACAUUCUAAUUCCAACCUCUCUACCUGCAACUAACUUUCAAUGGGCGUUUGUUAAACUUUAGUGAUAAUGAAUACAAGUGGCUACAAAGUUAAACUUUAAAAUGUUCAAAUAAAAUAUUUAAAUUUG